CACCAUAUUUCUCUCUCAAAAAUCACACCAAAAAUGCGUAUGAGCUGCAAUGGAUGCCGUGUUCUUCGAAAGGGUUGCAGUGACAACUGCAGCAUUAGGCCUUGUUUGCAGUGGAUCAAGUCGCCGGAAUCUCAAGCGAAUGCUACUGUCUUCCUCGCGAAGUUCUAUGGCCGUGCCGGACUUAUGAAUCUCAUCAACGCCGGUCCUGAACACCUCCGUCCCGCGAUAUUCAGGUCACUUCUGUACGAAGCUUGUGGUCGGAUUGUGAAUCCGAUUUACGGGUCUGUUGGGUUGUUGUGGUCGGGAAAUUGGCAGCUUUGUCAGACUGCGGUGGAGGCUGUUCUUCAAGGUUCACCGAUUACGCAAAUCGCAUCGGACACGGCGGAGACAAACAAAGGGCCACCGUUUAAGGCAUAUGACAUCCGUCAUAUAUCCAAGGAUGAGAACUCCGGCGCCGGAUCAAGCGAGCUUCACCGAGUAAGGACUCGAUGCCGAUUCAAGCGGUCGACGGCGAAAGGGAAGGCAAGUCGCGUCUGGAUCGGGUCUAGUGAUCAGGAGGUAUCUGCUCAAAACGAGCAUAACAAUGAGUUUUCAAGCCACGGGUCAGCCCUGAGUCAUCAGUCGGGGGCGGCGCAUGUUGUGGAGGAUGACAACCUUGAGAUGGUGGAGGAAAGCUUAGCUUCCGCGGAGACUCCAUUAAUGUCGAACAAGCAGGCUGAAACUGGAGCGGCGGAGUUGGACGUGAAGGUCGAGCUAGAGCUGACGCUUGGCUACGAGCCGGUGGAUAAGUCUAAAGCUAAAGAAGUCACGACAGCCACCGCUUUGAAUAACUCCGAUGCCGGAGUGGAUUUGAGACUGGAUUGUCCGGUGUAAGGAGAUUAUCUCCGGUUACUCAGUUUUGAUGGUUAAGAUCUAGUUUUUUUUUCUUCUUUUUUGAGGGGUUUCUAAGAUUUUGUUUUAUUAUUUUCAUCUUUUUUUGGGGGGGUUUUGGAUAUGUCUUUUUGCCAUAGUCAGGAAAGUUGUGUACAAAUGUGAAUGAAAUGGGACCAAAAAGGGUGUAUAGGCCAUGUUUGGUUAAAUAUGGAUGAUCAAGUUUAAUGGCUUUUGGGG